AUGUUGAAACUAACAAAUGACAGCGGCCCUCUCGCUCAAAUAUGGUUGGCUUCAAAUAUGACAAAUAUUCCAAGAGGAUCUGUUCUCCAGACAAGUAUUUCAGAGUCUGCAAAGGAGAUUGCAGAAGUGGCUGGAUGCGAUAGCCCUGAAGAUACAGUCGAUAUCAACGGAGGUAAAUAUGUCACAUUACGUACGUCCGGUGAACUACUGCAAGGUAUUGUUCAAGUAUACGCCAAACAGGCUGGCUUCCUGCUUGGUGAUAUAAAGGAUAUUUUGACAAAGAUCAGCUCUUUAUUUAAAAUGAGUUCUAGAGUAGGAAUCACCAUCAAUAAAUCAAAUACCAUCACCAGAAUAGAGUCUAUCAUUUUGGAAGACACUGUUACAGAGAAAGAAGUCUUGUUUACACCUUCUUUAGAUUUCUUAUUUCAAUCAAAUUCACCUAUAACAGAAAGUAAUGGUGAUAACAGGAGACAUAUACGAGGCGUCACUACUGGAUCGGCUGCAGUAUGGGAUACAUCGCUAGAAAUCGGUAGACAAUAUGAUUUGAAUAAUAAUGAAUACAGUGGUAACAACUCAAUUUUAGAUUUGAAUUUUGAAAUAGAGGAAGGACCUUUAGCUAUUGGAGAUGAGGGAACUAGGACUACAGGUGCUGGCGAGAUUUCCUCUAUAGGUGCAGGUCACGUACUUUCUCACAAUGAUGAUGACUUCCCAAUAGAUGAUGAAUUCACUAAUAACUGGAAUCUAGGUAUUGAAGGAGAAGAAAUGAAGGAUUCCUCUAUCGAAGUUGGUAGAAGAGCAGAAAGUUCUGUCCUUGAAGAAGAGCAUACAGAAUUUGGAUUUGAUCUUGGUCUAGAUAAAGAACACAUGCAAGUAGAAGACGAUGAAGACGAAGAUCUUGAAAUACAACCUAUUACAUCUACCCAGUCACGCGUAAGGAAUUCACAUAAUAAGAACCCUGCUCUAACCAACACAACGAGAAUUAUUGUAGAUGAUGAGCGUGUGCUAUCCAAAAAGGAACUACAUACCAUUGUUACGAAUUCAGAACCCACUCAGAACCAUAACAUUAGAAUGUCAAGGAACCACCUGACUAAAAAGAGAACUUGGGAUGAAAUUGAUAGAGAUAUGUCAUACUUGGCAUCAACUAUUGUAAACGGUUUACUGCGCUACAGAAAUAUCAAGAAGCCAAGAAUAGAGAAUGAAGAAAAUAUAAUGGGAGAAAUACAACCACUUGAUCUACAAGAGGAAACUUUUAAUAACUUCGAAAUGAUUAACGAUAAUUUUCAAAAUAUGGAUGAUAAUAACUUACCUGCAGAAUAUGAUAAUGAGAUACAUGAAAAUGCACCAUACAAUGAUCAGGAUAUUCCAGACGGUGAUAUCAAUACACGUAUCCUUGACGAUCUUUCGCUAUCGACCGAGAGCAGUAAGCUCGCACAUCUAACUGAUCAAGUAAAAUUAACCUCAGGUGAAUUAGCCACCAAAAAUAUAGUUGAUUUGGCAAAUACACUACGUGAAGAAUUUGCAGAAUCAGAGGUCACAUUUUCGGCUCUUCUAAGUAGGCAGCACAAAGGAAUAAACGAAGACAAUACAGCGGAUACCUCUGACGCAACGAUUCCAAGUAGAAAGGAUGCAAGUAAAUGCUUCUUUGACAUUCUGACACUUGCAACAGCAGACUGUAUUACCCUUGAACAAUCAGAGCCGUUCGAGGAUAUUUCAUUGACCUUGAAGUCCUCACUAUAUAAUAAAUUCAUCCCUGCAUAA